CGAUGUUAACAACCACCAGAGUUGAAACUGUGACCAAAACAGUGGGAGCGAUUUCAUCUUCCGUGAAACCUGCCUCUGCGAUACCUUUCUCGCCCUCCAUGGAUGAUCUAGCCGUAUCAUUCAUCACUGAAACCAUUCAAACUAUCAAGGCUCCCGCCCCGCGAAUCCCUCCAUCCGAUGCCAAGUCUCAGUUGGCUCUUAGACAACAGAGGCUUACAGAGUACAUAUCAGAAAGCAAAGCGUUAAUGGCCCAGUUUGAGCGGGCACAGAAUAAGCAAGAGAAGGAUAGAAUAGGGAGUGCCAUACGAGAUUUAAAUCGGUGCGUGUUGAGGAUAUAUUUUCUUGGGAUGUGAGAAACGCUAAGUGGUUUCCAGUAUUUUGGAACUUGGCACGAGUUCGACCGAAACCAUCAAAUCGCGUAGCUUUUCCUGGCCCGAAUCUUGUCAGAAUAGUAUUCUUAUCAUUAGUGACGACGAGGACGAGGAGUGAAUAUACAUGAUACAAAUUUCUAUCUUAGGUAUGUCUCUUUUAUCGAUUAGUGGACUACUCGGAGGGAGCGCAGUUGUUGGUGUUGAAGAUAUACUGAUUUAGGGAUACUCGAUUGGAUAACCUGGAUGUUCGGGAGUACAUGUAAAUUUCUUUUAAUCCUAUUAAAGGCCACUUAAUCUACUGAAAAACAAUAUCGAGGGACAGCGAGCAUGAGUGUGACUGAAAAACACCGUAUGUGACGACCUGUCUAGCGCUUCUAAGCUUUGGAAAUAAGACAGACGGAAUGUAUAGCUAUUGCGGUAGCUGCAUCGGAUGCAUUGGGUUCUGGGUUGUUCACAACCCUGAAAGCUUUCAGUGGUUAGUUUAUGUUCGAGUUACAUAUACUACCGGGCUUGAAGGUCCCCAGUGUACAUUGCAAAAUAGUAAACGUGAUCACUGUUUCACU